AUGACAGUCACACUAUCUCCUGUUGUCAAAGCCGAGACGUUUGGCGAGGCAGUGACCAGGCUUGCCUUGAAGGCACUGGAAAUGCGGAAGGCAAUCGGUCCUUACGACAGGGUGAUGAUAGCCAUCGCUGGCAUUCCAGGCUCCGGCAAGACGACAUUGGCUCGAGCAGUGUCGGAGAAGAUCAAUCACAUCCAUAGUAGCGCAGGCACCGGGAUCUCAGAGGACAUGAUCUGCAGCGUCUUGCCUAUGGACGGCUUUCACCUCUAUCGAUCGCAAUUAGCGGCCAUGCCUGAUCCAGUUGUAGCCACUCACCGUAGGGGCGCCGCCUUCACCUUUGAUGCCCAGCGGUUUCACGACCUCGUGGUGGCGCUUCGACAGCCCGUUCUCGACAGCUCAACGACCAUUUACGCUCCCAGCUUCGACCACGCGUUGAAGGACCCAGUCGAAAACGAUAUUUCUGUGUGUCCCCAGUCACGCAUCGUGAUAUUCGAGGGACUCUAUCUCGCCCUGGACCGAGCGCCCUGGAAUGAGGCUGCACAGCUCAUGGAUGAGCUCUGGUUUGUUGAGGUUGACCGGGAGGUUGCUCGUUCGCGACUGGUAAAGCGUCACGUUGCUUCAGGGAUCGUUUCUAACGAGGAGGCUGCUGAGCACCGGAUAUCCAGCACGGAUUUCUUGAACGCCGACGAUAUUCUAGCAAACAGACUACCCGUGCAAGAGAACAUCACCACUGGAUGA